AUAGACUUUGUGUAUUAUUUUUUUAUAAUAUAAACUUCGUUUUGAUAAGUUUAUAUAAACCUUGUUUUCGUAAGAGAUUGUGAAAUUUUCUUUGCAGAGGGACAUGGUUAUUUUUUGUCUUUGGUUCUUGUAAUGAGAUUUUAACUAUGGUAAAUCUAAGAGCCCAUUUGAAGAUGAUGUCUCGGCCCUCCUUAUCCUUAUCUCGCCCACCGUUCUAAAACCCUUCCCUUCCUCUUCUUUUCUCUUCUCCUUCCACUUCCACUUCUUCUAUCUCUCACAAUUCAGCAAUGGCUUCUUCUAUAGUUACCUCUAGCUUGAAGCCUUUAGCCAUGGCCGAUUCUUCCUCUUCUACCAUUUUCUCCCAUCCUUCCAUCUCCUCUACCAUCUCUUCCUCCAGAAUUCGCAGCUCCAGUGUUUCCCUCCUUACCGGACGCAUUAACCUGCCCCUCUCUUUCUCUCGCGUCUCUCUAUCUCUUAAAACCAAAACCCACCUUAAAAAAUCCCCCUUUGUCUCCUUCGUUGCCCAGACUUCGGAUUGGGCUGAAGAAGGUGGAGAAGGAAGCGUCGCUGUUGAGGAGACCGAGAACAGUUUAGAGUCACAAGAUGUGAGCGAAGGAGAUGAGAGCGAAGGAGAUGCGAGCGAAGGAGAUGUGAGCGAAGGAGAUGAGAGCGAAGGAGAUGUGAGCGAAGGAGCUGUGAGCGAAAGAGCUGAGUUCCCGGAGCCAUCGGAAGAAGCCAAGCUUUUCGUCGGAAAUUUGGCUUAUGAUGUUAAUAGCCAAGCUUUGGCUAUGCUCUUUGAGCAAGCCGGUACUGUUGAAAUCGCCGAGGUUAUAUACAAUAGGGAAACUGACCAGAGUCGUGGGUUUGGAUUUGUGACAAUGAGUUCUGUGGACGAAGCUGAGACAGCUGUGGAGAAGUUCAACCGUUAUGAUCUUAACGGACGUCUACUAACUGUAAACAAGGCAGCUCCAAGAGGAUCACGUCCAGAACGUGCGCCUCGGGUAUAUGAACCUGCAUUCAGAGUAUAUGUAGGGAAUCUACCAUGGGAUGUGGACAAUGGCCGUCUAGAACAGCUUUUCAGUGAGCAUGGUAAAGUUGUGGAAGCUAGGGUGGUUUACGACCGUGAGACAGGUCGUUCACGUGGAUUCGGGUUUGUCACAAUGUCUGACGUGGAUGAACUCAACGAAGCCAUCUCUGCCCUCGAUGGACAGAACUUGGAGGGUAGAGCAAUCAGAGUGAAUGUAGCGGAAGAGCGUCCUCCAAGGCGUGGAUAUUAAAGCUGAGAUCUAGCUGUGCCCUCUCUCUCUCCCUAUCUUGCAUUUUGUUUAGACGAGAUUCUUACACUCUUCAACGAUUGUUUUUGGCUGAACUCUGAAUGUGAAAGUUAAGCUGCUUCUAAAGUAAUUUGUAUCGCUUGUUUUUGAUGAUCUCUUAUUCAUAGUUUAAUUCCUAAUUGUUGGAGUUUCAUUCCCUCAAUCGCAUCGGGGGAUACGACACAUUUCUGGGACAUGCCUUGUCGGUGACCUUUAGAUAUUAGCAACUACGAGGUUUACCCCAAAAUCGGCUGAGAAUGAAAGGCUUCUAUAGCAAAGCACAAGUUGGUCGAGGCCUAAGGGAAGAAGACUAGAAAGGUGGUGUCAUAUGGUGAGUUAGUCUCUGCCAGUCUAGAGGUUCCUAAAGAAGAGGAUUGGGAUCUUCAUUGUGUUCGUAAAGGGAUCCACUAUUUUAAUCUCUUGAUU